CAGAUUGAUAGCGCACAAAAAUAAAAAGCUGUGACAGAAUUUGGUGAUAAUAAUAACAACAAAAAAAAAGAGACGAUUCAAAUCUGAAAUCAGAAUUAUAGCCACUGCUCCUGACAACCAAUCAGAAGUAUCAUUGGAACUUUAACUUAUACAAUCCAAUCCAAUCAAUCAAUCGCAUAAACAUACACAUACACAUAUAGAAGUCAGCAUCAUGAGUAAUAGCAUAUUCCAAUCAUCUGAUGAUCCAUGGGAGAAUGGAUGGGCCACAAAUGAUAAUGGCAAUAAUAAUUCUACCAGUGCCAAUAGCAACAAUUUAGGUUCAUCACCUUCAAUUCCAAUUUAUGGAAGUGGAAGUACAUAUAUCACAUCAUCGCAAUUACUAAACACCAAUGAUGACUUGGAUGACGAAUUGGAACAUUCACAACAGAUUACCAAUAUCCCUGAAUCAUAUUUGAAAGUUCAUUCAGCAUUAUCCGAAAGGAUAUUAUCUGUCAAUGAUUUAGAGACAUUGAUAUUUGAUAAACUUAUUGCUCAUGAAUAUUUCAAUAAUUUACAAAAAUUACGAAUCUUGGAUAUAAUCUAUGAUAAUAAUUUAUUACCUUUAUCCAUUGCUAAUAACUUUUAUCAAAUUUUAGGUUUAAUAGGUUUGGAAAUUGAUUCUCCUGGUACAGGUGAUUUCGUAACUUUGAGAUUUAAAUUGAAUAAAUUACCUGAAUUUUCAUCUGCCAUGGUUGAUCUUUUGAUUGAAUUCAAUGAUUCAUCCAAUAAUAAUGAUUUCAUUGAUCCAUUAAAUGUCAAUAGUCCUAGUGAAAAGGGAUUAGAUCCAAUUUUAAAAGUUCAUUCAUCAACAGCAGGAGGUUUAUUAGGUGGAACUAAUAAUCCUAAUGGAGAUCCAUCAUCAUCAGAUAAUUAUGUCGAUAAUUCAUAUAUGAAUAAAUACGUAACUGAGAUUAGAGAUAAAUUCAAACCAUUAAUCACUGCUUUUGAUCUUGUUAAGAUUAAAGAAGUUCCAGAGAAAGAGGGAUUAUUAUUCAAGCAUAUCAAUUAUAUCAUAACUCAUGAUUUAAAACUUAAUACAACCACUCCAGCUGGAACGAAGAAAGUAAUAAGAAGAUAUUCCGAUUUUGUAUGGUUAUUAGAGUUUUUACUUGAAAAAUAUCCAUUCAGAGUAAUCCCGGGAUUACCACCCAAAAAAUUCACUGUAGGUUCAUCACCCGAUUCUCAAUUUCUUCAAAGAAGACGCAGGGGAUUACAUCGGUUUCUUAAUCAAUUAGUGAAACAUCCUAUUUUGAGAGAAGAACCCGUUGUAGUGACCUUUUUAACGGUACCAACCGAUAUAUCAACAUGGAGAAAACAAGCCAAGAUUGAUUCAUCUAUUGAAUUUAAAGGAGAAAAGAUUCUGACUAAUUUUAUAAAUGUGAUUUGGCCAAAGAUUGGAGUUGAAUUCUUAAAGAAUUGGUCCUCGGCAGAACAUUCCAUUACCAAAUUAAUUGAAGUUUGGACUAAGAUUGUCUUAUUAGUAGAAAGAUAUGAAAAGAGACAACAACAAAUAAGUUAUGAUAAUGGGAAAUUUGUGGAAAUGUUGAAUCAAUUCAAGACUCUUAAUACCAGGAUAUAUCCUAAUGAAAAUGAAGUUUUAUUAGGUGAAAAUGCUAAUAAAGAUGAUAUUAAUCUUAUUAAUGAUUCAUUAGGAUUUAUUGGAGAAUUUUUUAAUAAAUCAUGUCAAUCAUUAAUUGAUGAAAGUUAUUCGAUUAAUACUAUUAUACUUGAGAAAUUUAAAAAUUAUCUUGAUUAUUUAUAUUCUUUACAAGAAUUAUUUGAAAGAACUAAGAAAUUAUCGAUAAAUAAUAUUGAUUUAUUAGAAAAGAGAAUUAAAGAAAAUGAAUUAAGAUAUAAUAAAUUAAGUACAGAAGAUGCUGAAGUUAAAGGGACUGAUUUAGCUAAAUUACGUCAAAUUAUUAUAAAUGAUAAGCAAGAGAUAUUUCAACAAUUAAAUCGAGAUUGGUUAAUUAAGAAUUGUUGUUUUGAAGAAUUUUUAAUGUUUCAAGAGACUCAAUACUUAAUAAGUGAAGUUUGGGUUGAUUGGUCUAAAGGUAGAUUUAAAUUCCUGGAAAAGUUUAUGGGAUUACAAGAGAAUUUAAAUAAUGAAAUAAGCAAUGACAUGCCAUUAUCAAGAUAAGAUAAGAUAAUAUCUCUCAUUUUUGUUUGCCUAUUAACCGAUCCAUAAAAACAUAACAAAUUAUAUAGAUUAUAUACAUUCCA